AGCUUACCGUGGUGUGACGGCUGCGACGGGACAGGAGGGGAGAAGUUUGGUAAUUUCGCUAAGUUUCACGUCGCUUCCAUGAGAAAUACUAAACACAAAGGAUAUAUCGCAGUAUCGUGUACGCAAACCUAAUGUUCGAAAUACUUAGUAGAAGUUUUGCUUGUUCGGUGUACGAUUUAGUUGUAAACUAAACAUCUGUGCGAGUCAUUGAAGUUUUAAUUACUCCAACCUGAGACGGAGCUCAGCCUCGCGCUGGUGACUCUAUGUGGAUUUUACAGAAAAUAUGGGCCAGUUCCCCGGUAUUUGUUCCGGCAAAGUUGUUUUCCUCCUAAUUUGCUACGUUCACCUGUCAUUAGGGAUACAGUGCCUGGACUCCAUCAAACCAUGUAUAAACAACGCCACCUGCGAACGAUUCAGCAACGGUACCGAAUACUGCAAGUGUAGCACGGGCUACCUGGGUGACUACUGCCAACACAAAAACCCCUGCCACCCUGGCUUCUGCGCCAACGGUGGCAACUGCACCGUGAGCGUGCACGGCGUGCCGGGCAGCCCCUCGUGCACGUGCCCACUGGGUUUCACCGGGCUGCAUUGCCAGACGCCCCAAAAUUCCACCUGUUACCCCAAGAACCCCUGCAGGAACAAGGGAGAAUGCAGCCUGCUCGCCCUGGACAAGUACAAAUGCCACUGCUCCCACGGAUGGACAGGUCAUGACUGUGAGCAGGAGGACAGCUGCAUCUCCAGCCCCUGCUUUAACGGGGGCACCUGCACCGUGCAGCCCAGCGGCUCCUUCUCCUGCACCUGCCCGUCCGGCUGGGAGGGUCCGCGCUGCGAGAACGACACGGACGAGUGCAGCGCUGAUUCCUCCUCCUCCUCGCCUUCCUCCUCCCUCUCCACCUCCACGCCGGUCUGCCACAACAAGGGCCAGUGCAUCAACACCCAGGGCUCCUACCAGUGCAACUGUCUGCAGGGCUUCACGGGGCGCCACUGCGAGACGCCGUACCAGCCCUGCUCCCCCUCGCCCUGCCUCAACGGGGGCACCUGCCGGCCCGUCUCCGACUUCAAGUACCAGUGCCACUGCCUGCCAGGAUUUAAUGGAACUAACUGCGAGAUCAACAUCGAUGAUUGCCCGUCUCACGAGUGCCAGAAUGGAGGGACCUGUAUGGACGGCGUCAACACGUACAACUGCCAGUGUCCACCGGAAUGGACAGGUCAGUACUGCACAGACGACGUGGACGAGUGCCACCUGCAGCCCAACACCUGUCAGAACGGCGGCACCUGCAACAACGCGCCGGGCGGCUACAACUGCGUGUGCGUGAACGGCUGGAGCGGCCUGGACUGCUCGGAGAACAUCGACGACUGCGCCACCGCCGCCUGCAGCAAGGGCUCCACCUGCGUGGACCGCGUGGCCUCCUUCAUAUGCCAGUGCCCCAUCGGGAAGACUGGCCUGUUGUGCCACAUCGACGAUGCCUGCAAGAACAACCCGUGCCGCCAGGGUUCCCAGUGCGACACCAACCCCAUCAACGGCAUGUUCAACUGCAACUGCCAGUCGGGCUACAAGGGAUCCAACUGCUACGAGGACAUAGAUGAGUGUAGCAUGGGUGCAAAUCCCUGCGAGCACAACGGCAACUGUAUAAACACGGAGGGGUCGUUCACCUGCAACUGCGUGGCGGGCUACACGGGGCCGCGCUGCGAGCAGGACGUCAACGAGUGCCUGUCCAACCCCUGCAAGAACGACGCCACCUGCCUGGACCAGAUCGGAAAGUACACCUGCAUCUGUAUGCCGGGUUUUGAGGGCGAGCACUGUGAGAAUGACAUCAAUGAGUGCAACAGCUCUCCGUGCCUCAACAGUGGGAAGUGUAUAGAUGAAGUCAGCCGCUUCGUCUGUGAAUGUCCUCAAGGAUUCACGGGCGAGACGUGCCAGGUUGACAUAGACGAGUGCGCCAGCACACCGUGCCACAACGGCGCCAAGUGCUGGGACAGGCCCAACGGCUACGACUGCGAAUGCGCCGAAGGCUUCAUGGGCCCGCUGUGUAUGGAGAACAUUGACGACUGCAACCCCAAGCCCUGCCACCACGGCGUGUGCAAGGACGGCAUCGCCAGCUACAAGUGCGAGUGCGACCCGGGCUACAUGGGCGCCAUCUGCAACGUCCAGAUCCAGGAGUGCCACAGCAGCCCCUGCCAAAAUGGCGGACGCUGCAUCGACAUGGUCAACCAGUACCAGUGCGUCUGCCCAACAGGCACCUCCGGUGACAACUGUGAAAACAACUAUGACGACUGCGCCAAUAACCCCUGUGUGAAUGGAGAGUGUCAGGAUGGGAUCAAUGAGUACUCCUGUGUCUGCAAUCCUGGCUACACAGGCAAGAAGUGCGACGUGAACAUUGACGAGUGCAGCUCCAGCCCCUGCCUGAGCGGUGGCACCUGUGAGGACAAGAUCAACGGCUUCCAGUGCCUGUGCCCGCCGGGCACCCAUGGCCCGCUGUGCCACUCCGGGGCCGACCACUGCGCCCCACAGCCCUGCGUCCACGGGGAGUGUGUGGAGCAACAGGACGGGUACAGGUGUGAGUGCAAGCCUGGCUGGAUGGGGCAGCAUUGUGAGCAGGACCGGGACGAGUGCCAGUCCAACCCCUGCCAGAACGGAGCCACCUGCACCGACGGGCCCAACGCCUACCACUGCAGGUGCAACCCUGGUUACACAGGUGUGAACUGCCAGGUUAACGUGGAUGAAUGUGAGUCCAGCCCCUGCCUGAACAAUGGCGCAUGUGUGGACGGCAUCAGCGACUACACCUGCGACUGCCCACUGCCGUACACAGGGAAAAACUGUGAGAUGGAGUUGGCGCCUUGUGAAGCCAUGCCCUGCCAGAAAGGAGGAGUAUGCCAGCCCUCCCUCGAUUACACCUCAUACACCUGCAGCUGCCCCAAGGAAUGGCAAGGUCCACAGUGUACUGAAGAUGUGGACGAGUGCCGCAAGAACCCGUGCAAGAACCACGGGCGAUGCCAGAAUUUCCCCGGCGGCUUCAAGUGCCAAUGCCAGGCGGGCUAUGGCGGACCCAUCUGCCAGAACAACAUUGACGACUGCGCUCCCAACCCAUGUCUGAAUGGAGGUGCGUGCGUGGACAAGGUGGGCCGCUUCUCGUGCCAGUGCCUGGCGGGCUUCAUGGGCGACCGGUGUGAGGAGGAGAUGGAUGACUGUGCCAGCGCCCCCUGUCGCCACGGCGGCACCUGCAAGGACUACGUUAACAGCUACGCCUGCGAGUGCCCGCCGGGCUACCACGGGACGAACUGCGAACACAGCAUCCCGCAAUGCUCCGAGAGCUCCUGCCUGAACAACGGCACGUGUGUGGACGGGGUCAACACUUUCUACUGCCGCUGCCGUAUGGGCUUCAGCGGCCGCUACUGCGAGAAGGAGAUCAACGAGUGCGACAGCCAGCCCUGCCAGAACGGGGGCAGCUGCACCGACGGCGUGGGCACUUACCGCUGCACCUGCCCCGUGGAGUUCACUGGCACCAACUGCCAGUUGAUGACGGAGCUGUGCCGCAAGAUCAGCUGCCAGAACGGCGGGAAGUGCUCUCAGACGGGCAAGAAGUGGCGCUGCAGCUGCCCCGAAAACUGGUCGGGCAUCUAUUGCGACGUGCCCAACAUGUCAUGCCAAGCCUACGCCCAGCAGAAAGGCACGUCGGUGGUGUGCCAGCACGGGGGCAUCUGUGAGGACAUGGGCAACACGCACCGCUGCCAGUGCCAGCAGGGCUUCAUGGGCAGCUACUGCGAGAAGGAGGUGGACGAGUGCCUCUCCAAUCCCUGCCGCAACGGCGCCACCUGUCUGGACUACCAGGGCGGCUACGAGUGCAAGUGUAAGGCUGGCUUCCAGGGAGUGCACUGCGAGUACGAUGUGAACGAGUGCCAGUCCCAGCCCUGUCACAACGGAGGCACCUGCCACAACCUGGUCAACCACUUCCUCUGCUCCUGCCCCCCGGGGACCAGAGGUGCCCAGUGUGAGGAAAACCUGGACGAGUGUGCGUCCGACAAGGGCCCGCGCUGCCAGAACGGUGGGCAGUGUGUGGACGGCAUCGGCCGCUACACCUGCUCGUGCCCGCCGGGCUUCACGGGCGAGCACUGUGAGGGCGACAUCAAUGAGUGCCUGUCCCGCCCGUGCCACUCCCCUGGGAGUCUUGACUGCGUCCAGCUCGCCAACGACUUCCAGUGCCGCUGUCGCCGCGGAUACACAGGUCGCCGCUGUGAGCUGAUGGAGGACCUGUGUGUGGCCAAGCCUUGCAAUAACAACGGAGUGUGUUCCAUGAACAUGACCUCUGGCCAAGGUUACACCUGCAAAUGCCAACCAGGUUACCGUGGCUACCACUGCGACGAGACCGAGAGCUACACGUGCGCCAGCGUGCGCUGCCAGAACGGCGGCCAUUGCCAGAUGUCGGGCGGCAUCCCGCAGUGCCACUGCCUAGCCGGCUUCGGGGGCAGCCACUGCGAUGUGGUCCAGAACUGCCCGUGCCACAACGGCGGCGUUUGCGUGUCCGACCCCAACAACCGCUACCAGGUGAUCUGCCGCUGCCCUCCAAACUUUGUGGGCAAGCUGUGCGAGAUGCUGUCCCCGCGGCCCGCGUGCCCGUACGAGCAGUGCGCCCAGAUGGCGGGCGACGGCGUGUGCGAUCAGCUGUGCAAGAACCAGGAGUGCUCGUGGGACGGCGGCGACUGCUCGCUACACUGGCCCAAGCCCUGGGAGAACUGCACGGCGCAGGUGCACUGCUGGGACCUGUUCCGCAACGAGCGCUGCGACCCAGAGUGCAACAACGCCGGCUGCCUGUUCGACAACUUUGAGUGCCAGGGACCCUCGCCCACGCCCAGCCCGUGCAAGUACGACAAGUAUUGCGCGGACCACUACGCCAACGGCCACUGCAACCAGGGCUGCAACAACGAGGAGUGCGGCUGGGAUGGCCUGGACUGUGCCGAGGACAUCACUCCCAAGCUGGCCGACGGCACGCUGGUGAUAGUGGUGCUGCUGCAGCCCAACGAGCUGGAGCGCGACCUCAAGGGCUUCCUACGCUCGCUCAGCACUCUGCUUCGCACCAACGUGCGCAUCAAGAAGGACGAGCAGCAGCAGCCCAUGAUCUUCCCCUACUACGGAGACGAGAAGGACGGGUCGGACGGAAACCUAGUGGGAGCAGGAAGUGGCGGCUCAGGGGGGGCCACCAUGAAGCAGCGCGGCAAGAGGGAGGUCAGGAAGGACGCCAUCGGCUCCAAGGUCUACCUGGAGAUUGACAACCGCAAGUGCGUGGAGGCCUCUAAAGAAUGCUUCGACAACACCGAGCAGGCCGCCUCCUUCAUCGCAGCCGAGUACCUGAAGACUGGACUCUCCUACCCCGUCUACUCUGUGGGCAGUGACCCAUCAGUAUCGGCCUCAUCUCCUCAGUGGCUGUACCUGUGUGCGGUGGCGGCGGCCAUCAUCCUGGUGAUCCUGGUGCUGGGCGUGCUGGCCGCCAAGAGGAAGCGCAAGCACGGCAUCCUGUGGCUGCCCGACGGCUUCCUGCCCAACAACAACAGCAAGCGCCGCGAGCCUGUCGGACAGGACGACUUCAGCCUUAAGAACAUGCAGAAGACUCAGGAGGUGCUGAUGGAUGGCAGUCAGGGCCAGUGCUGGCCGGACGAGGAGCACCCGCCCAAAAAGCCCAGGUUGGUUCCUCAGCAGAUGGAGGACAAGCCCUUGUUGCCCAUGGAUGGUGCGGUGGACAGGCGUGAGUGGACCCUGCAGCACCGCAAGGCAGCAGACAUCUCCCUCACCCCACCACAGGCUGACCUGGACCUCGACUGCCUGGACGUCAACGUCAAAGGACCAGACGGCUUCACGCCCCUGAUGCUGGCCUCCCUGCGCAGCAGCGGCGUGGAGUGCGGCAGCUUCGUCGACGAGGAGGAGGAGAGCGGCGCCGACGAGGCAGGCAGCAACGUCAUCAGCGACCUGAUCGCCCAGGGCGCCACCCUCAUGGCCCAGACGGACCGCACCGGCGAGACCGCCCUGCACCUGGCGGCGCGCUACGCCCGGGCCGACGCCGCCAAGAGGCUGCUGGACGCCGGCGCCGACCCCAACGCGCACGACAACAUGGGACGCACCCCGCUGCACGCGGCCGUGGCCGCCGACGCACAGGGAGUCUUCCAGAUCCUGAUCCGUAACCGGGCGACGGAGCUGGACGCCCGCAUGAACGACGGCACCACGCCCCUGAUCCUGUCCGCUCGGCUGGCAGUGGAGGGCAUGGUGGAGGAGCUGGUCCACUGCCACGCCGACGUCAACGCUGUGGAUGACCAUGGCAAGUCUGCUCUGCACUGGGCAGCCGCAGUCAACAAUGUGGAGGCUGUUCUGGUGCUGCUGAAGAACGGAGCCAAUCGAGAUAUGCAGGACAACAAGGAGGAGACUCCUCUGUUCCUGGCAGCGCGGGAGGGCAGCUUCGAGGCGGCCCAGGUGCUGCUCGACCACUACUCCAACCGCGACAUCACCGACCACCUGGACCGGCUGCCGCGCGACACCGCGCAGGAGCGCAUGCACCACGACAUCGUGCGGCUGCUGGACCAGUACAACCUGGUGCACAGCCCCCACGCGGGCCCACCGCACAUGGGGGGCGGCGGAGGAGGGGGCCACUCCAUGGUGUGCGACGGGGCCGGAGGCUUCAUGGGCAUGAGGCCCGGCCCGCAGGGCAAGAAGAACCGACGAGGAGGCAACGCCAAAGUGAACGGAGGAGGCGCAGGUGGAGGUGGAGGAGGAGGCCCUAAGGAGCUGAAAGACAUGAAGGCUAAGAGGAGGAAGAAGCCGGCCGGAGGAGAGGCGGCUAACGGAGGAGCAGCUAUACCUAUGGUAGCAGUCGGAGGAGCAGGAGGAGGAGGUGCCGGGGCAUCAGGAGGUGUAGGAGGAGGAGCAGCAGGAGGCAUGAAUGGCACAGCCGCUGCUUCCGCGGCUGCUGCCGCCAACGCAUCCACCAACGGCAAAGGUCCCGGGCUGUCGGAGAGCUCCGUCACCAUGUCGCCCGUGGAUUCCCUGGAGUCGCCGCACUCGUACGCUGGAGACGUCGCAGGCGCCAACGGAGCCGCCACCUCUCCCCCGCUGAUGAGCAGCCCCACCUCCCGCCAGCUGCUGCCUCCCGUCAGCCACAUGCUGGCCAGUCAGCAGCAGCAGCAGCAGGGCUGGGUGGGCCUGGGCAAGCACGGGGCCGGCGGCGGCGGUGGCGGCUACGGAGGUCCGGCCUCCAUGUUCGGCACCAUGACCCCGCACCACGCCAUGGGCUCGGCCGCGCACCACGGCCUGUCGCAGCACCACAGCCCCGGCCUGAUGAACAUCACCAUGAGCCGCGAGCAGCUGCCGCCCAUCGUCACCUUCCAGAUGAUGCCCGGCGGCGGGCAGGCCCUGCUGAAGCAGUCCCAGCUGGGCCAAGGGCAGAUGGGGGGCCAGGGCCCGCAGGGGCACCCCCAGCAGGGCUCCGCCGCACACCUGCACUGCGCCCAGAUGUACCCCAUGCCCGACGGCAUGGGCCUGGCGCACGGCAUGGCGCACACCCUCUCCCACCCCCACUCGCACAGCCACAGCCAUAAUCACAACCACAGCCACAACCACAACCACUCGAUGGCCAUGGGCAUGGUGGAUGGGCAGGGCCCCGGCCAGGGUCGGCAGCUGCCGCCUUACCAGCCGCUGCAGAGCCCCGUGGAUAAGUACCCGACGCCGCCCUCCCAGCACAGCUACACCACCAACGGCUCGGAGGGCACCACGCCCGGCCACCCGGCGGGCCAGCCGCCCAGCGAGCACCCCUACCUCACCCCGUCGCCCGAGUCCCCCGACCCCUGGUCCUCCUCCUCGCCCCACUCCAACUCGGACUGGUCGGACGUCACCACCAGCCCCACGCCGCUGGGCACCACCACCGGCACGCACGCGGGCCACACGCUCAGCGCGCCGCCGCCGUCGUGCCGCACACACAUUCCCGAGCAGUCGCAGCUGCAGCUGCAGGUGGCGGCCUCUGCACAGGCGCCGCAAGCAGCGGGCCAGCAGGGGGCGUCGCAGGCACAACAGCAGCCCCAGCGCAGCAGCGUCUACGCCUGAGCUGAGCUGAGCUGAGGGUCUUAACAACAGAGCGUCAUACGCUUCCCUUUCUAUAGACUGCCUCCCACCACGCAUGCAUGGCAUGCACGCAUGUAUGUAUGUAUGAGCAGCACUCACUGAGUCUGGUGUGGGCUGGGCUGGGCUGGGGCCUUUCACAAGAUCGUAGUCAAGCUAGCUAGUUAGCAGUCUGUUUGGUUGGCAAUGGGAAGUUGCAGUACUGUGCAACUUGGUCUGCAAUGGGCAAUAGCAUUCAGUUGCAGCUGGCAAAAUAGUUAAGGUAAUAGCACCGGUACUGAACUCAUUUGUUAGGCAGUAGGCAAUUGCAUUGCAACCAAUACAGUAGCUAACUUAGUUAGGCGCUAUGGUUUUGGGGAAAUGGACCCCCAGACCUGGCUGUGCCCCAAGACAGUGUGCUGGUGGAAACUACAGUGUUUUAAUGCUUUUUAUUUUGUUUUUGUUUAUUAAGGAAGAUCUCUCUCUCUUUGUCUUAAAAUCCUAUAUCCCACUAGUUAUUGUCUCUUCCAAGUUUCUGUUUUUUGUUUUCCUUUUAAUUACUAUGCACUUCAGUAUUGGUAGUGUGUGUGUAUGAGUGUGUGUAUAUAUAGUUACUGAGUCUCUUUGUAAUACUGCCACAGUGUGCCCAAGUAAGAAAAUGGAAAAAACGUAAAAUGUAUUCAAUGUAGGCAGGCAAAUGUAUUCAAUGUAGGCAAUCGCUUUAAGUCUAAGCCUAAAGUCUAAGUCUUGACCUGUGGAUCAGCAUAAAACAAUCGCAUGGAAAAAGAGUAAAGAUUAAGGACUGUUGCAAAAACAAACCUAAGUGGACGAAACUGUGACUUUUGGAAAACGUACACGUAAAUGUCCACGGUCGAAAGGAGAACUGUGCCAUCUGUCCGUGGAGCAGGAUGUAACUGUGGCUAUCAGAACAAGGGACACUUUCCACUGCCCUUGGUGGGCUGGGGUUUUUCAUUCUUCUUUUUAAACUUGUGGUUUUUACAUUGUGAAGGAUAUUUGGUCAAAAAAGCUUUUUUUCUUUCCUUUUUUUUGUUUUCUUGUUAUGUAACAUUCAUGUCAAUUGAGUUAGUACUUCUCUGUGUAUUCAGUCUUUGUUAAUUUAAUGACUAUCAUUUUUGUCUUUUAUGAUGGGUCAGCCUGCUUUAGGAGAGGUAUUAUCUAAAAACUGCCUGUAAUGUUCUCAGCAGAAACAUUGAAUGAUGGUGAUAUGUUUUUUUUCCCUUCAAUGGUGGAUUCAGAUUUUGGUUUCACUGAUAACUGCCUUUUGAGAAAGAGAGAUCUGCACAAAUACCACAAACAUAGGCACAGCCUUUUUAAACAUAAGGUGGUUCUAAGCUCAACUGUGGUGUACAUCAUUUUGACUUCUAGCUUCUUUUCAUUUAUAUACUGUAUGUAUGUGUAUAUUUCCCCCACUCUCAAAUGUUGGUGCAUCUUUGUUACUGUCUUUUUUUUUUUUUUUUUUGCUCAGUCCAUUUUACAAAAUGGGACGGUACAGCCAUUGGGGUACUUUAUUUUAAUUGGCACUAAAUUCCUCUGUACUCUAGUGAUGGAGACAAGAAUCUUGUUCAGGCAACGAUGGUGAAAUUACGGUCUGUGAUUAUUGCUACGUUACUGGAGGCUUUGGUACUGACUUACCAUAGUAUUGGAGGCAGCUGGGGCAGGGGCGCAGCUGGGAGAAAUAUGUACUGUGGUACACACGUGGUGUAGGAGUGACAUGAGAUUAGAUGAGAUAAUUGUUUUGGUUUCGGUAAAGAAAAGUGCUAAGAGUUACAAUAAAUGGAGGCCAACUUAGUAUCGUCCCAAUUGAGAUUUUAUUUUUUCAACGAAGACAUGGUGCCUGUUUUACCCAACACCCUAACUGUUACUGUAUUACAUGUCAACUGUACUGCUCUUCUCAGCUGAAAGCAAAAAUUGCAUGUUUUUUUACUGAAAAGAUUGUUCUCGUCCCAAAUCAUUGAGUGUACUAUUUUCAUUCACUAUAAUGUGCACCGGUUUUACUUGCUUUUGACAAACAUUGUACUUUAAGGCUUAGUUGUACUAUGGGGAGUUCGACAUGCUUUGUAUUUUUCUUUUCUUUGGGGGGGUCCUUGUGAUCAGUACAAUCAGUUUCUGUAGACCAAAUGGGUACAACAACCAAAAUUCUAAAUUGUAGUUAUCUACAAGUGCCUUUUCCCCCUACAUUUUGUCAGUGGGUCAAGAUUGAUAUGUGGGGUUAAAAACAACACAAAAUGUUCUGAAACUAAGGAUGGGGACAGUGUUACAUAUUCUACCGAAAGCUACUCAUCAGUAUGUUAAAAAAAAGAAAAUCAUACACACAUACGGUACACAGGGGACUGUCUUAACUGUGUUGACCUUGUUCUAGAAAAGAAAGCAAAGCAAUAAUGGGUAGAAGGAUAGCAUUACUUUUAUUUUAUUUUAGCUUUUAGUCUUAUUGUGUUGUUAUACACGACAUGUUUUACCACAAUUUGCUUUCAAAUAGGUCAAAUCAUAUGCCUUUUUUUGGAGGUCGUGUGUAAAUGAAUCAGAGUUGACCCCUACCAAUUCUCUCUAUGGCACUUAUGAGUCUUUGCUUUAAGGGUGUCAAAAAAAAACAUGUCGACCUGUAUCUGUUGUGUGCCUUCAGGACUGGGGAGUAUUCAAAGAACCUGGCUCAGUAGUAAACCAUGGCGACAUUUCUGGAAAGCCUAGUUGUUAGCAGUUAGUAACUUUGGUAGUUGCCAAUGGGAAAUUGCAUUGCAACCAACAAAGUAGCUAAUAUAGUUAGCAACUACGCUUUCCAUAAAUCAAGUUCAAGUUCAAGUAAUUUUAUUUGUCACAUACAUGGUAUUGUAAUGCACCCCUGGUUAAGUUAACCUUUGGGGUAGUGGUAAAACAAUCUAAUGGCCUAAUAAUCUAAUAGAAGAGCUAAAUGUCAUCUGUUGGGUAUCUAUUAGCAGGUUUAUCACCUCCUGUAGGUUAACUUUAGUUUAGGUUGUCACAUACGGUGCAUGGUUAACUUAACCAUGUUCUUCGGGUACUCCACAGGUCCUCCAAUCCCAAGAUUGAAUCAGCAAGGGCUCUAAGAGCAUGGUGUUACAGUAUCACUUAAAUAUUAUGCAAGGAUUUUUUUUUAAUGCUGUAAAUAAACUUUUUAAGGAUGUUCAAUGAAACUUGUACCUUUUAACCAAAUAUAUACGGUAUAUUAUAUAUAAAAAUCUUAUAUAAAUGUGUAUGUCUCAUAUGAAGUAGAUCUCUCCCGUUUGUGCAGCAGCAGUCGUUGAAUCUUGUGAAUAAAUUAAACAAGUCCAAAGUAACAACAAGCGGGGAAAUGAUUUGCCAAUGUUUGAAUCAACAAAUAAAGUUGUUAGGAUCUACACAUGAAA